GCCCAGCUCACGUACUACGGUUGACGGGUUGAGAGAUUUUAAGUGGAUUUUAGGGUUCCAUUGAUACUUCUCUGGAACGAACGAACGAAAGAGGCAGGCCGCCGUCCUCCAUCUCAGGUAUUUGCAUAAGGGAAGAAGCUCAAUCGCCUUUCAGCCAUGUCUCUUGUUGCAAAUGAGGACUUCCAGCACAUUCUUCGUGUACAGAACACGAAUGUUGAUGGCAAGCAAAAGAUCAUGUUUGCUAUGACCUCCAUCAAGGGUAUCGGUCGUCGUUUUGCAAAUAUCGUUUGCAAGAAGGCUGAUGUAGACAUGAACAAGAGGGCUGGUGAGCUGUCUAGUGCCGAGAUUGAUAACCUGAUGACAAUUGUGGCUAAUCCUCGCCAGUUUAAAAUCCCGGACUGGUUUCUUAACAGAAAGAAAGAUUACAAGGAUGGCAAGUACUCUCAAGUGACCUCUAACGCUCUUGACAUGAAGCUUAGAGAUGACUUGGAGCGUUUGAAGAAAAUAAGGAAUCAUCGUGGGCUUCGUCACUAUUGGGGUCUCCGGGUUCGUGGACAGCAUACCAAGACCACCGGUCGCAGGGGAAAGACUGUUGGUGUCUCCAAGAAACGAUAAGUUUGUUUUCACUUGUUUUGGUUUAGAAGAUAUCUUCUUGAACCUUUAUUCACAUCGAUUCGAAAAGGUGUUAUGGUCUUUAAGUUUUAGGAUUUCAUAUGAAGAAGGAAUUGCUGUUGAGUUUUGUUCUCUAGUUUGUUUGACUUGAAAUCAUUUAUUGGGCAUGUUGUCGGGGACCCAUUUUUUCUAUUUUAUAACUAUUAAUUUUAAGUAAACCAGUUUCGUAUA